UCAACUUUAUAAGAAUUCAGACAACUCCCCACCAAAACGCGUCGUUUCGAUCAUUGUCAUCAUUCACUCAGAUCCAUCCUUGGAGAAUCACUCUUCCUCAAUUCCUUUUGCUUUUGUUUUCGUACACACUUUCUCUGUUUUCCGUGCUUCUGUUUUCGGUUUCUUCGAAGCCAUGGUGAAGGAAACUGAAUACUACGAUAUUCUGGGUGUCAGUAUCGACGCCUCUGCCUCCGAUAUAAAAAAGGCUUACUAUAUCAAGGCGAGGGUAGUUCACCCAGAUAAGAAUCCUGGAGAUCCCAGAGCAGCCCAAAACUUCCAGGUGCUUGGGGAGGCUUAUCAGGUUCUAAGUGAUCCUGAGAAGCGUGAAGCCUAUGACAAGCAUGGAAAGGCAGGAGUACAGGAAGACUCCAUGCUGGAUCCAUCAGCUGUCUUUGGCAUGGUUUUCGGGAGUGACCUCUUUGAAGACUAUGUUGGGCAACUUGCAUUGGCUUCUUUGGCAUCUGUGGAGGUUGAAGAGAACACAGAAGACCGGACCCAGCAAAUUCGAGACAAGAUGAGGGCAUUACAAAAAGAAAGGGAAGAAAAGCUCAUAACAAUUCUGAAAAAUCGCCUUGAACUAUUCAUUGAUGGUCAAACUGAUGAGUUUGUGAAUUGGGCAAAGUCAGAAGCUCGCCGUCUCUCAAAAGCUGCUUUUGGUGAGGCUAUGCUACACACUGUUGGAUAUAUAUACACAAGGAAAGCGGCAAAAGAGCUUGGGAAAGACAUAAAAUAUAUGAAGGUGCCAUUUUUAGCAGAAUGGGUAAGAAACAAAGGACACCAGAUAAAAUCGCAAGUGAUGGCAGCUUCAGGUGCCGUGUCUUUAAUUCAAAUACAGGAAGAGCUGAAAAAAUUGAACCAAGGAGAAAACAAAGAAGAGAACAUAAUGAAAGUCAUUGAUGAUAAGAAAGAUGCCAUGCUUAAUUCACUUUGGCAGAUCAAUGUCGUUGAUAUUGAGUCGACUUUAUCACAUGUCUGCCAGGCUGUUCUUAAAGACCCUAGUGUUUCAAAGGAUGUUCUGAAGCUACGGGCCAAAGCAUUAAAAAAACUAGGAACAAUUUUCCAAGGUGCCAAGGCUCUUUACAGUAGAGAAAACAGUCUGCGCCAUGAAAACGAUAAAAUCCCAGGAGCUGGGCCAUCAUCAUAGCCAUCUUGAUGUUUCUCAAAAUCCUGCUUUUUAUCAAUGUAUGUGCAUGGUGUAUUUUUAGUGGUGGAUGCUGUCCCUAUAGCUUCAGAUUUAUCUUAAACUUUGAAUGAUAUGUGUACUGGUUUGUUUAUAUUACUGAAUUUGGUUCCUUGA